AUGACUAAUCGAGGAGUAGUAAAGGCUUUUCUUCCGUACGCCCUACUGGCAAGUGCACUAUUUAUACUGCUGCAGAGCAUUCCAAUAGGUGCGGGAAUUGUAACCAUUGCAUUAUCACUGAUAUGGUACAGCAGCCGCUGUUCGGUUGAUAUCACAAAUGUAGAAUUUCUUAAGCUGCACGACGUACCCCACCACAGAGGGGAAGUGUCCGCUCUUGUGACGUCACAAUGGCCCGUUCCCGUGACCGCCGAGGGAAUCGAGGAAGCUAACUUUGUGCGCACCUCAAGCUUGAAUGAAUCUUGCGACACCCUGCCUUGUCAUUUACUCGCUCUAGCGUCGAAGAACGGUAUCAGGCAGGUUGUUGCGCACUGUGUCUUGCGAGAAACUUCGUCUUCCAGACCGCAAGACAUAAACAGAUAUCUGAAAAUGCUGAAAAUUGGCCUGCCUCACGCAGCUGUACAACAAGCCAUGGAAACGGCAGGUUUAGAUCCCUCAAAAUUACCCGAUCAUUUCGAGGAAGUAGAGUUUCGUACCUCGCAUAAUCUGGGAGAACUUCAAAACGUCAAUCUAUCUGCUCUCGUUGUGAAACCCGAGUUCCGCGGUCGUGGCCUGGGGAAGGCUAUGUGCGCGUAUGCAGCUCAGGUAGCUUCCGGUCUAGGUGCACAGGAAGUUAUAGGAGGCUGCCUUGAUGAAUUACUUCCCUUUUAUGGCAAGCUUGGUGUUAAAAAAAGGAGUGCUAAGAGGAGAGAAGGUAUACCUAAGAUACGGCUUGGAAAUGAAAUGUUUCUUACGCUAGAUGACGAUGUUCUUAAAAAAGCGGAGAAGAUGCUUGAUGAGUCGAAGUCCAAAUAA